AGGCUCGCAACUUGUUUUUAUAGCCUCUGAAAAGCAGAUGAAGUUAGUUUGCAGAGAAUCUUCAGAAGAGCAUCUCCAGCCCUUCAAGGAGAAAUUAGAAGAAUUCUUCCAGAAAGCUAAGGAAGAACAUAAAAAAGAAGAGAGCAGUUUGGAAAAUGCACAAAAAUGCUUUGAAGAAACAGUGGGAUACUUUGGGAUAAAGCCAAAGCCUGGUGAGAAGGAGAUCACACCAAACUAUGUUUUCACCGUGUGGUACGAAUUCUGUAGUGACUUCAAGACCAUUUGGAAACGAGAGAGCAAAAGCAUUUCCAAGGAGCGAAUUAAAGUGGCUCAGCAAUCAGUAAGCAAGUUAACAGCAGAGAAGAAAGUUGAAACAAAGAAAAUCAAUCCUACAGCUAGCCUGAAAGAGAGACUACGUCAAAAAGAAGCCAAUGUGAAUGCCAACUGAAAGAAGAAAGGUGAAAAUGAUAGUGUGUCGUAAUACCUUUCAUGACGCUUUGUUAUGCCUAUGGCCUAGAGAGCACCUUAUGUUUGUUAUUGAAUUCUGCUUUGCUGAUCUCUUCCAAGACAAUCCACUAAAGGUUUUUCAGUUCCUUCAAAGGGGUUUGUACAUAAAGUAGAAGGAAUUCUAAGAAUUUUUUUUUACAUGGGAAUUCAGAAUGAUUUUCUGUAGUUCUUCCUUACAUUGUAAGGAAUCUGGUUGUUUUAUGGUUAUUUAAAGGACUCUAUGUGUAAUACAGUAAAAUGAGAGUUUAAAUGAAAAAUUUGGAUACAAGGUUAGAUAAUGACUAACAACUUGUAGGUUAUUUACAAGGAUUUGUAUAGAUUAGAGCAAAUAUGCUGUUUGGCUCACAAAGCACUGUUAUACCAUAUUUUUUGUUACUUCAGCAGUAACUGAGGUAAAAUAGACUAACUGUAAGUAACAUUACAGUGUCUGAGUACUGGAUACAUCUUUCUAAAACUGAUUAAAUGUAAUUAUAGAUUUACUCUGUAUUUUACUAUAAAUAUUUUUAUAGAAACCUCGACUUAUGCCACACAUUGAAAUGAAAGCAAUAUUUUGCACAUGGGAAGGAAUAGCUUCAAAUUCUUCAUCUGUAUAAUUGAUGGUAUAACUGAUUCACUAUUUUUUUGUUUGUUUGUUUUAAACCUGUCCAAUAUUCUGAACUCCAAAAAAACCCACAGAGAUUAAAAAGUAUAUUUUUAUUUCAGUGUAUGUUGAAACUACCAGUUCCAUAAAAUAAUGUGUCUACUCGUCAUUAUUCAUUGAACUAAAAUAUAACAGUGUGUUUCCAUGAAGUUACAUAUUUGUCAUUAAAUAUUCAUCUUUCAAUUCUAUUGAAAGUUUUCUUUUAAACAAUGAAUAAGUGACUCUAAAAUGCUCGGUCUUGUCCUGCUAUAAUUUUAUGAAGAAUUUAUCCAGCAUAUAAAUAUCUAUCUUCAUGGGUGCAUAAAUUUAAUAAGUAAAACUUGAGGAAGAAAUAUGAGCUGUCAUCCUACGGCAUUGUAAUCAUUGCUUGUAAAGUAGCAGAGCCCAAAAAAAAUCUACCAAGUAUCCACAGUUACUUGAAGAUUCUUAAAAGGAAAAGAAUCAUCCUGAAGGAUGAGUUAAUUUAAUGUAAAAACAAGGCAACAAACUGGAGAAAAUGUUCUUCUGCUUCUGACCAUAGAGGUAAACUGUCUUUUUUAUGAUAAUGAUAACUGAAGUGGUUUAGGAAGAGAUAUUAGGAAAAAAAAAUUCCAAAAAAAAAAAGGGGGGAAGGCAUUAGCCCUUUGACUUAGUAGGUGGAAAGUAUACCCAUGAAACAAAUUAUUCAUCACUAGAAAUGAACACUUGUCAAAGAAGACAACAGUUGUGGCGUUUACCUCCCGUUCAUGACUGUAGCUGGAAGACUUCAUAUACUGCAAGUUUCUUAAAUGACUCUAUCAGUCCUGAAUAGAUAAAAAUAAGGGAAGCAAGGUUGUUCUGCAUGUUUUGGAGUUUCUAGCUGCUACAAAUAUACCUGAGGUGUGUAACCGUAAUUCUUAUGGAAACAGUUAAUAGCACACCAACAAAAAUAAACUAAGUUUAACUCCGCUAUUCCCAUUGAAGAAAAAUACAUUCCAAAGAUUUAAAUUUUAUCCAACUUCACCAAGUAGGUGAAGUACAUUUAUUUCCAAUAUUAUCAGUGCUAACAGAAGCAAUAACGCUUAUAAAAACCAAAGAACAGCAAGCAAGGCAAUUCUGAUGAUCUUUUAAGCAAACAACUUGAGUUUUGAUAUUGUUUUUUAUCUGUCCUGAAGAGAAUGUAUAUUGACAUUUGGUUGAUUGGGAUUUUUUCAUUGACACGUUUUAUCCAAUACCAAUCAAUAAGAGUAGUACUGCUUGUGAAAUAAGGACUGAUGUUGCAAAUUCUUAUUAAAAAUAUACUGUGGAAAACGUUUUUAAGUUCUUGAAAUAUCCUGUUUCAAAAUUUCUCUCUGUGAAAUUUCAUUUUCUUUUCAAAGUGACUUUUUCAGUUUGCAGUGUUGAAAAAUGUAUAUAAAAAGGGAUUAAAAUUAAAUUUUUUGAUGUAAAGUGUUCCUUGAUUAGAUUUAUAAUUCUUCUUUUUGUUUUCAGAUUAUAAAUUUGCCAACAUUGUGAGAAUAUAGGCUAUUUUUCAGAAAUCUCCAGAACUUAUACUGCACAGAUAUAUUGUUUCUUCCUUAUUCACCUUUACACCAACUUCACUCUUAAAAUGGAGACUUAGAUUACAACUUCAUUAUCUAUUAAUUGUACUAUUGAUUUUACUGUUUUUAAGUGGUGUAGAAAAAAGUACAUCUAGACUAUUUAAUUAAUUCUCUUACUGAAGACUUGGACAUUCUUGGAUGGAAUUAAUUAGCUAAAUAUCAGACUCACACCCGAAUAGCACACUGACACUAGUGUUGCACAGAGGUGUCAUCAGACAAUGACAAACAGUAUAUGUGAUGACCUCAACUAAACUAUUGGAUUAAUGAAGAGAUAUUAAUAGAUAUUAUGUAUCUAUGUAAGCUGUUAAUUUAUGACAUAUCUAGGGACUACAGGUGUAACAAACAGCCAACAACAAGACUCAUCUUGAGGUCAGCUAAUGACACCAGAAAUUACGUUUGAAACUUAAAUUUAGAUUGGUCCUUCAUUUUACCCUCAGUUUUCUAGUUUAGAGGGGAAGAAAAAGAGGAGAGAAUGCAAAAAGAAUGAAAGUGAAGAGAUGGAAGGGAACAGAAGACUCGUACAAGGUACAUGACUACAUUACUGUCAAGGAAGUAAAAGAAUGGAGUAAAUAAAGCCAAGCAACCAUAGCUACACAGUUACUAUUUUUCUAAGCUACUUCAUUUAAAAUACUUAUAUGCUAUGCAGAAUAUAUGUGUUUUACUCUCCUAUUAUUGCCAAGUUUCUCAAAAUCUAUUAAGAAAAGCAGUAUUAAAACCCUUUUUACUCAGUGGGUGCUUAUUGCACUUAAAAAUGGUAUGUGUUACUGAUUUAUAAAUUGGAUGAUUAGGAAAAACUUAAUUUAGAUGAGUAACUCUCUAAUCCGUGAAAUGCUCUCAUUUACUUAUUUACAAUGUUAUCGCUUACUGAUAGUAAAAUGAAAGACCUUUUUAGCAUUUGAGGUAUUUUGACAGUAAAAAUUACAUUUUCAUGGUGUUUAUAUUAAUUUAUGAAAACUACCCAUGUAUUUUGCCAUGACUCACGUGUUUUACCAUCUGCUUUAUUUUAGGAUUGUAAGUGUGUAGGUUGAAUAUAAUUUUUUUCAACAAAACAGAAACUGUAGUUUCUGUACAUAUGGAAAAUGAAAGUACAGUGGAAUACUCAGAAAGCAGAGAGAAAAAUAAUUAAGAGUCUUAAGCAGUUCUAGGAAGGAUAAAGUUUACCUGGGAUUUCAAACUUUCUGAAUUGCUGAGGAUAUUCCUGCAACCAGAUAUUUACAGCCCGGGUGUCUCUGACUAGUCUAAUUGUUUUCUACAUGAAACAUGUACAGAAUAUUUUGCUUUCCAUAUGAUGCACAGAUUCUCAUUGUCCUGAUUUCUAGUAAAUGUAUAGCAAUUUCUUUGUUAUCUUUCCUACUUGAGUGAUAUGAGACCGCAGAACACUCUGUAUUUAGUUAUUUAGUGAUGCUAUUUCUUCAUUGCUUCAGGUUGCUAUCUUAAAAAUGGAUGCCUUAAUCUUGUAUGGGUGCAGAAUUUCUGAAACACCCAAACAAAUUCAAAAUGUUCAUCUCAUUACAGCAUCAACGUGCUUUCGAAAAAUCCAUCUCCCUAAUCUGUGCUUAGGUAGCAGGCUAAACUUAUAGUGUUAGAAAAGUAUAUCUAUCUAGGUUUUGCUCACUCUUGGCCUUGUCUAGAUCUUGUUUAAUUUUGAUAUGGAUCUCACUUAUUUUUUAUUCUUUUUAAAGUCCACUAAAGUUUAUUAAUUUUUUAUAGUGGAUGCAGCCUGGAAAGUUCUCUUUGGUAUUUUUUCAUAUGAAGAAAAGCCUAUGUGUAUGCAUGUAAGCGUAAAGAAUAUAGAAUGCCAAGAUAUAACUUGACUGUAGUCAAUACAUGGCUUCAAAAAGAGAAAAUAUUAGGAACUAAGUGGCUCCUAAAGCCAGCAAGAAAAAAAGUUCUGACAAUUAAAACCAGAUGAGAAAUUAAAAUUAGAAGUAAAUUCCAAACUAUUCCUAAUGAGGCUAGUUAACCACUGAAAAUAGGUAGCAAAGGUAAUUGUGGUUUCUCCAUUCUCAGUGCUUCUCCAUUCUUCCCUGAUGCUUUCAAAUUAGGAUGGAACAUCUUUGUGAAAAGUUUGUCUAGUCCAAUGCAACUUACUGGACUCAGUUCUGAUGUUGUAAGUGUACUCCAUACCCACUGACUUACAAGCUCAGAUAAUCCCUAUUGACAGAAAAAUCUAGAAGUAUGUAAAAAGACUCAAUAAAAUAUAUUUUUUUCUUAUCUGUAAUAAAAAAGUUUUUAUCCAA